AAUUGGUAAUGACGUUUCUUAUGUAACAAUAACCUAACUGUUAAAUUCAGAGGUUAGAUGAAUUUCACUCAGUGCAAAUGUGUUUUAACACCUAUGAAGGUGAUUAAUAGGUGAUUUGGAAAGUAAAGAAAACAAUCAACGAUUUAAUAAAUUUUUGAAGUGAAAAUGUUGAGAUCAGUAGCUAUUCUUUCAGUUACUAAUAGAAUUACUGCUGGCGAAGAAACAAAUAGAAUACAUGAAUUCCUUAAAACACAGUUAUUUGUAUUGAAUUUUCAAGUGGAAAAGUUGGUGAUUGCACUAGAACAUGAAACUGUUUUGACCCAAGAGAUAAAUACUCUCUUUAAACAAUACGAUUUGAUAAUAGUAGUCGUAGAAUUGAAAAACGAUGUCGUGUUUAAAGCCCUAGGAAAUAUUUUUGGCGAUUAUUUGAAAAUGAAUGAUUCCACGAAAAAACCAAAGUGCUGCGAUGAUAAUAUGAUGAAAUUACCAUCACUAGCUAAAUUAUUAACUACAAAUAACCUCCCAUAUCCUGUGAUAUAUUUACAAAGAAUAUUUAUUCUUAAAGAAGAAUGUGUAGAAAUACAAUUCUUGGAGGUUUUGAGAUCUCAUUUGGAACAAUACAGAACACCUCCAAUAUUUAAAAAGAAUAUUCAAGUUAAUUUAAAUGGCAAUUGUAAAAAAAUAUCAGAUCUUUUGAAUGAGUUGGUUAAUGUGGAAAUAAAGAAAAAUGAUAGUACUCUUGCUGUGAGCAGUAAUAGUUUUGAAAAUAUGGUAGAGGCGGUAGAGAUUUUGAAGCGCGAGUUACAUGAAAAUUUUUUACAUUCAGAUGAGGAUGAAGAUGCUUUGAAAAAAAUUCUUGAAAAUGAAAAUGAACAUUUACAAAAAAGUUUAAAAGUGAUAGAUAAAUGCAUUUCAAUAUAUGGUCCCAGUAAUGUUUUUGUGAGUUUCAAUGGGGGAAAAGAUUGUACAGUACUAUUACAUUUGAUUUACAUCGUUUUAAAACUGAAGUAUCAACAAUAUAAUGAACCUAUAAUUUGUUUGUACGUGAAAAGUCAAGAAACGUUUCCAGAACAAGAUUUAUUCAUCUCACAAUGUCAGACAUAUUAUAAUUUGGAUGUAAUGGUGGUAUCUAUGGGGAUCAAAGAAGCGCUGAAUCAUAUAUUAACAGUUAAACCAAAUUUGAAAGCUUGCUUAAUGGGAACACGAAGAACAGAUCCCUAUUCUCAAAAUUUAAUGGAAUUUCAGAUGACAGAUCCGGAUUGGCCCCAAAUACUACGAGUAAGUCCCCUUCUCGACUGGCAUUAUUCAGAUAUAUGGGAUUACCUAUUAUUUUACAAAAUUCCUUAUUGUAAAUUGUACGAUUUAGGGUAUACUUCGUUAGGAAAUUCAUCGAAUACUAUAAGAAAUCCUUUACUGUCUUAUUUCGAUGACAAACUGAAUAAAGAGGUGUACUUACCAGCUUACAAAUUGACUAACGAAACAGAUGAGAGAAAUGGUAGGAACGUAGUUACCCAAUGAUUAAUUUUUUAAUAUUUUUUACAGGGUUUUUUACUAUUUAUAAGAAAUAAUUUGAAAUAGAUAGCUUCCCAAUGACAUUUCAUAUAGGUUUUCUUUAUAAAAAUGUUUGUUUUUUAUUUUUAUUUAUUGAUUUUUUGAAAUUUUUGACGUCCUUAUUUAGUUGUUAAUUAAAAACUAUUAAAUAUUUUAUAUAUUUAUCAUUAUUUGCACAUAUUUUGCACUGUUAAGAUGUUUUUAAUUACAUGCAUAUAUAUAUUUUUUUUGAAAUUACUGAAUGUAGUUGUUUAUUAUAAUUUGUUAAUAAAUGAAUUGAUAUUUCA